UUACGCCAAGCAGCAACCAUGGAACUCGCAAAGCUCGGUCUGCUGCCUCCAUCGCCAGCAGAGUCAUCGCCAGAGAACGCUCUGACGACCAAGAAUCCUCGGACUCGAACCCGAGGACGCGCCAUCCCGCGAAAAGGUCACACCAAAUCGAGAAAGGGAUGCCUCAACUGCAAGCGACGGAGGGUGAAAUGUCCAGAGACUUUUCCAGAAUGCGACAACUGUAAAAGACUGGGCAUAACAUGCGAAUACUCGAGCAUGAUUCCCUCCAAGGCUCUUCAGUCAACGCCGACUCAAUUCAGCAUGGAGGACCUGCGCUUCUUUCACCAUUUUCUAUCUCAUGCUUAUCCACCGUUACCUAUUAAGGGGGACGAUGUUUGGAAGCAGGUUGCUACUAUUUCGCACAACUUCGAUUUCUUGAUGCACGCAAUUCUUGGGUUGGCAGCUUCUCACUUGUCCCUAUGCGAUACCACAGAGUUCUCUUCUCAAGCGCUGACACAUCGUGUUCACGCCAUAAGGCUCUUCAACGAGCGGUUGAGCAAGCCAUGUGUUUCGAAAGCUGAAGCCGAUGCUCGAUACGCCACCAUAAUGGCCCUCACCUUCCAGUCCUCGUACAUGCCUGAGGGUAUGCUCGAAUUCAUGAUCAUGCUCCGUGGCUGCACGGUGGUUUCUCAUACUGUGAUACCAGUAUUGGGGGAAUCCCUCUUUUCUGGAUUCACCGCCGAGAGUCAUACUGAGAGAGUCCUUUCGCUAACACGGCACGAUCCUAUUAAUGCACUGAUUGGCGAUGUUCUGGAUGCCGCUCUCACGUCAGUCAACAACCUAAGGCCAAUAUGCCACAGCAUAUUGGAAGUUAGAUAUCUGAGUGUUCUUGACAGGAUCUUGAGGUUGUCAAAAACGUCACCUGUUGAAGGCUUCACAGAAAUCUGCUUGGCUUACACGCUUUUUGGCGAAACAAGUGAGGUCGAAUUUAACCACUUCACUGAGCGAUCGAACUAUGCCGCCCAAAUCAUCAUGGCUCACUUCUUUGUCAUCGAGUACAUCCUUGCAGCCAUCGCACUGAAGCCGAUAAUCGACUCGUUUCCCUUCAGGAGAGUCAUUAUUGCGUCCUGGACAAAGGAGAUUUCGAAAAAGCUGCCGUCUGGCUACGAAGACAACGAUAACAACAACGACAAUGAGACUUUCCAUGCCUUGAAGAGAGAGAGACGAUUCUUGCAGACGAUGGCCCCGUUCAUCGACACUGUGAGGAAUGCCCUCUUAGACUCGGCUGCCCGAUCCCGUCUCUGGCUCGACACGCCUCAAGCUCGCGGAGUCUUUAAAUGCACCAUCGCCUAUACCAUCGCCAGUCUCGCGACUUUUGUUCCUUUCUUGUCGAAUUUUCUGGGCAAGCCUGAUGGGAAACAUGUUGUGGCAACUAUCACCGUCUAUUUCCAUCCUGCCCGGUCCGUGGGGUCCAUGAUCGAGGCUAUUCUCAUCGCCAUCGUGGCUGUUGCUUACGGCGAGCUAAUCUCGAUUCUGUCAAUGGUUACUUCGGUCUUUUUCGGCUCUACCAUGCACCUAGUAACUGUCUCGCACAUUCUAGUGGUUGUCAUCUUUAUUGGCGGCGGGUUUGGAUUCAUGGGCUGGGUCAAACAGAGAAUGCAAAAUCCUCUUGUCAACGUGGGCAGCACUCUUGCUUCGCUCGCUAUUAUCGGCGUCGUUACUAGAGAGAACCACGUCAUGUCCAACGUCUUUUCCAAUGAAAAGAUUCUUCAGGUCUUCAAGAUGCUGGUCAUGGGGAUCACCACUACGGCUGCGGUGAACCUGUUACUGUGGCGAAGUUCUGCUCGGCAGUCGCUUCGUCAGACUAUGAACCGAGUUUCGGUUCCUCUCGGGGACAUGCUAUACAUGAUCACCGGAAGUUUCUUGAGUGGCUCUGAGGCUGGGCUUGUGUCUGAUGGCUUCGCAGCAGCUACCUCACACUAUUCCAAGUCGUACGCUCAGAUGAUGAAGGAUAUGAGAGAAGCCAAGUUUGAGCAUUAUUUCCUUGGUCAUGAAGAGAUUUAUGAUCAUGAGAAAUCUGUUGCAAGGUCAAUGGAGAACUUGGCACAAUCCCUUGGUGGACUGAGGAACGCUACCAACACUCAGCUUGAGCAGUUGAAGCAUCCAAAGCCAGCAAGCCCGGGUGAGACGGGGCAGUCACCUGUGAACCAUGCUCGUGACCUGUUUGAGCUAUUCAAUAGCUCAAUAAGCAUGUCUAUGACUUCGUUGCGACAGAAUCUCUGCAGGAUCCUGCAUGAGCCGCAAUUUGGGAGACCACCAAGCUAUGAGAUCAACAUUGACGAAGACCUUCGACGAAAUUUGAUGGAUUCGCUUGACACUUUCAACACGACUCGAGCGGAUGCGUUGCAGGGACUGUACGACCGCAUCGAACAGAUGGCUUCAUCCCCAACAACGACCAGAGCAAACCUGGAAGAAGUCGCGGCAGCGUGCGGACACUUCACUUUCAGUUUGCAGUCAUUUGGAGAAGAAGUUCUACAGUACCUGGAUGUCUUGGAUGACCUGGAGUAUGUCAUACUGCACAAGAGUCGAAGCUGGCGAUGGCUUCUCUUCUGGCAAGAUCGGAAUGCAGCAGACCACAAUAAUGCCAUCAGGAUGUUUGACUCGGCAGAGGCGGACACUUUGAUACGGACGAGAUCGAGAUCUCUCAGCUCCCCGGAGGAAUCCAGAGCGCUCCCCACGAGAGUUGACGUUGCAACUUGGUACAAUGCGCCUGAUGUGAACAAGGUGCUGGCUUGGUUUUGGCGGAAUCUCUCGGCCUUAUUUAAGAAGAUGGCACGAGACGAGAUUCAAUUUGGACUCAAAGUCGGCAUCGGCGCUGCCAUGUGGGCUAUGCUCGCUUUCCUCCCGCAGACUCGAGAGGUAUAUAACCAAUGGCGCGGCGAAUGGGGCUUGCUGUCGUUCAUGAUUGUCUGUUCCAUGACGGUUGGCGCCUCCAACACCGUAGGCUGGGCACGUUUCAUAGGCACUCUUUUUGGCGCCCUCGCAUCUGUCGUCAACUGGAAAGUUAGCCAUGGCUAUGCAUUUGCCUUGAUCUUUCUUGGCUGGCUCGCUAGUUUCAUCAACUUUUACAUCAUCAUCCAGCACGGAAAGGCUGCCUUGGGGCGAAUCAGCUUGCUCGCGUACAACGUGUCGACACUGUAUGCGUAUAGCAUGCAAAGAAAGGCGAACGGCAAAGACAGUACAACCGACGAAGAAGUUGAACAGCCAGAUAUCGUCGACAUUGCACAACAUCGAGCCAUCGCCGUUACAGCCGGUAUCAUCUGGGGUCUCGUCGUUUGCAGACUCAUCUGGCCUAUCUCGGCCCGCCAAAAGUUCAAAGAGAGUCUCUCGGUGCUACACCUUCAGAUGGGUCUGAUCUGGAAGCGUGGGCCUCUCGCUGUGCUGUACCGCAGUGAAGGAUCUCAGAGCUAUCUCAAGUCUGGCGAACAGGCCGCUCUUCAGAGAUAUGCGGCUGAACUGGAGAAUCUGAGACAGGCUGCAGCAUCUGAGUUUGAGCUGCGAGGACCUUUCCCGGUGGAUGUUUACGGGCGUGUUUUACGAGGCACGGAUCGAAUCCUUGAUGGCUUUUACGGCAUGAGUCUUGUGGCAUGCCGUAAGGGGCAUAUCACAGAGGGAGAACGGGCGUUGUUGCAAUACACAGCUCGGGAGCGUGCGAUCCUGUGCGAUCACAUAUGUCAGGCCUUCCAAGUCGUGGCCAGUUCAACAAUGUUGGAAUACCCCUUUGCCGACGCAACCCCGAGCAUUGUAUCAGCACGUGAGAAUCUUCUCAGCAAGAUCUUUCAGUUCAGAAAGGAGCAUUCAUCAAGGCCACCAAGCCAUGACAGCGAGGAUAGCGAUGAUCCGGCUGAGGUGUUGGUCGAGGAGAGGGAUUAUGCUCUGCUAUAUGCGUAUGCUCUUGUCACGGGCCAGGUGGCGGAUGAGUUGAGGAUGGUGGGUAAGGAGAUUGGGAGCGUCUUUGGCGUGUUGGAUGAGGAUACACGUCUUUUGCAGUAG